GUAUCACAGAUGCAGUACAGUUACCAAAACGAUAAUCAUGGGUAAAGUAGCUUUUGUAGUGUUGUGCAGCCUUGCCGCUGCUAUGGCUUUGCCAGCCAAAGUUGGCCGCAUCAUGGGUGGAGAUGUUGCCGCACCAGGACAAUUCCCGUUCUCCGCUUCCAUGCAAUUCGACGGUUACCACUACUGCAGCGCGACCAUCCUCGAUGAAUACACCGUCAUCACCGUAGCCAACUGCGUCCUCACGAGCUUCCCGACCACCAUGAGGGUCAUCACCGGCAUGAACAGGAUCACCACCGGCGGUGAAGUCCAUGAAGUCAAGACUGUCGUUGCCCACGGAAGAUUCGCCGCUUCUCUUCAAUACGACAUCGCUUUAUUGAAGUUGGCCACUCCGAUCACCUUCAACGAGCUCGCUCAACCUGUGAAACUUCCAACUGCCACCACUGGUAGCAACGAGGACGUCACCUUGACCGGCUGGGGUUCCACCGAGUACCCAGGCAACAUCGUCGACGAUCUCCGUUACAUCGACCUGAAGACCAUGGACUACCAGAAGUGCAACAACAGGCAAUCCUUCCAAGUCUUCUUCAACCAAAUCUGCACCUUGACCAAAUCCGGUGAGGGUCUCUGCCAAGGAGACGCCGGUGCACCGUUGGUCGCCAAAGACGGCUCUCUGGUAGGAAUCGCCUCCUGGGGAACCAUGUGCGCCGUUGGAGACCCAGACGUCUACACGAGCAUCUACCACUUCCUCGACUGGAUCGAAGAGAACCGCGUUUAAAUCCAAUUAUUUAAACACAUUUAUUUCACACAAAUCAAUAAACAGAAACUAAAAAUAAA